AUAGACAUAGAUGUCUACGAUGUCAACAGAGAGUUGUGUCGUUCCAACCGGCUGAUAAUGACAACUUGACUGUCAACGUGCUGACCGUGCCGAAUCAGCAGAAACAAAGAGAACAUUAAGAGAUUAUUGAAAAGCGGAGGUGAUGGAAUAACAAAACAUGCAGCUAUUGUUAUAGUGGCAGAAAGUAACGUUGAAAAUAGUUGUAAUUAGUACAACUCGAUCGCUAGUCGUUGUUUAAGAACAGGUGUCGAGCGAACAAGGCCAGCGUUGCCGAGAAAAAUGUUAAUAAUAAUUCUUUUGUGACAAAAUCACUUUGUGAAAUAUUCUCUGUUACCAAUGUUGUUUGCAACACGUUUAGUUUUAUCGCGCCGCUUGAAUUUAACCUAUGAUCGCCGCGGCCUAUUGGCGACAUACGCUCGAGAGCGUUCCGAGGACUCGGUUACCUCGAGUCUUUAUCAUUUGCGAUAACGAGCUUUUUCAACCGGACGCAUGACCUGAUUGUCGUCUAUAUUCAUUCCAUUACAUUAAACUAAUUGUAAAAAUCUGCCGACUUCGCAAAAGCAAUAGAAUGCAAAAAGAAUUGUUGGAUUGAAUAUUUCUAUAAAUCUUUUCCAGAAGGUUAUGUAAAAAGUCAUUACUAAUUCAAGGAGAGCAAAAACAAUGAUAAUACUGUUUGUCUGUUGAUAGUUUUUUUUUAAUCAUCAGCAAGUAGACAUUGUUACAAUGGAUAUUGGCGUUGUCAAAAUUGCAGAAGAUAAGGACUUUGAAAAACUAAAGCAGUUGUACGAUGAUAACAAUAAUUGGAGAUUAGAUUACAAUAAGCCUGAUCUAUCUGUUUGGACAAAAUCCGUCCCAGGAAUCAGUUUCAGAAUGGUGAAAAUUAGAACACGUUUUCCUGAUAUUUCACCAGAAACAUUAUACGAUGUUUUGCAUGAUCCUGAGUACAGAAAAGUCUGGGAUACUCAUAUGAUUGAAUCAAAAGAUAUAGGAUUUUUUAAUCCCAACAAUGAUAUUGGUUAUUACUCCAUGGCAUGCCCAUCUCCAUUAAAAAACAGAGACUUCGUUCUGCAACGAUCUUGGUUAGAUACUGGUAUAGAACAGUUAAUAUUAAAUCACUCUGUUUAUCACAAAGAUUAUCCGCCUAAAAAACAGUUUGUACGAGCAACGUCUUAUCUCACGGGCUAUAUUGUAAGACCUUCACGCAAUGGAGAUGGUUCCGAGCUGGGUUAUGUGUCACACACGGAUCCACACGGCAAACUACCUGUAUGGCUAGUGAAUAGAGUUACACAAAUAUUCGCUCCUAAAAUGGUAAAAAGACUGCAUAAGGCCUCCAUAGGCUAUCCAAGUUGGAAAUUAGUUAAUAAUCCAAAUUUCAGACCUUGGCAUUAUCCUGAACAAAUAAUGGCUCCUAGAAUACGUAUUGAAGACUGCGUAAAAUCUGCAGAAGAGAAGAAUUCAAAAAGUAGUUUUGUAGAUGAAUCUGAUCUAAAUGAAAGUUCGGCCGCAAUGGACAGCGAUUAAUUUUUAAUAAAGAUGUAUAAUAUAUAUAUAUAUAUAUAUAAGAAUAUUUUAUAGGUGAGUUACAAAGCAUAGAACGGCGUAGUCAAAAGUUAUAACUGCAGUAUUAUAUAUACAAAAAAAUGUAAUGGACAAUUUGUAUACACACUUAUAAAGUUCGC